GUUAUUGGGCGUUCUAACUCACAUUCGUUCGGUCGCAGUUUGCGACCUCACUCUGUGCGUUAGAUCGCCCAAUAACACGAUCGUAAGUAAACCAUGCACGAUGAAUAUGAACCUUUUUUCGAACUACAUCUUUUAACCAUCGACGUGAGUAUUAUUGGCACUUGCUGGUCUGAGUCAUGAGACUAGUCAUUUGGAACUUGGUAAUUGGUGAGGUUCGUUGGAAGAAUUUAUUAUUUUAGAUAAAUACAAACAUAAAACCCAGCUGUAAAAUUUAGCUCAUGAUUACGAUUAUCACUGUCAAUAGGUAAGACUGCGCAACCUCGAUGUGCACGCGCGCCGGAACUUGCAAUAUGAUAUCUUAGCAUAGUUUUUACCUACCGUACCUGUAUUUGAACGAAAUAAUAAAUCAAUGAAUGAAAUUUGAUACCUAAAAAUUCUAAAAACUACAAAGAUUGAGAUAUAAUGAAUCCAGCAUCUAAAAGGAGAUGAAUACCUAAGUACGCAGUCAUAAUAAAGUCUGCUCGCGAAUCCUACUAAUAUUAUAAUCUCGAAGGUUUCUUUGGAUUCAUGUAUCGAAGAUUGUUAUUUUUCACGCAAAAACUACUGAACGGAUUUUGAUAAAACUUUACAGUACAUUACUGUUUAUAACCCAGUAGGCUAUAAUUUAUGUGAUAAAAUGAAUUUCACGUGGGUGAAGCCGCUGGCAAAGCUAGUAGUUUAAUACAUUAUUUGAAUCUAAUACUUGAAUGCAUUUGAAAAUCAUUUUUUUUUACAAAUUAAAUAGGUGACUAGCUGCUGUAACUUAGACACAAUAAAAUUCUUCAAAAUUAAAUUUAGGUUAAUAAAGUAAAUUGUCAUGAUCAGGCGGCGCGCGGCUGGCGCGGCGUUCGUUGCGCAAGCAGCGGAUAUCGUAACGUGACACCUGAUCGAUACUCAUACCUAAUGCACCGAUUCCUGACUGUUUAAAGUAAUUAAUGAAAUGAAAUAAAUUGACGAAAUUUUUGAUUUUGAAUACAAAAUAAGAAAGUAUGAUUUCUCUUUCAAUUAAUAUCUAAUAGUAAAUGUAGGUACUAAUUUAAUUAACAGAGCAAACAAACAAACAUCUAGGUGUUAUGAAUGAUCAUAUUAUAAAACACAGCUAGGUAUAGCUUUUUUUCAUAAAUUUAUUUAUUAUGUUGUAACAUUUAUUUAAAAGGUAAAAUACCUCUAAGCGUAUGACUUUUUAAAUACAGAAGAUCAAUGGUGCAGUGGUGCUGUGAGUUUUCAUUUUUACGCUGUGGGUGAAAGGUUCGAUUCCUUAACAAUUCAAUUAACUUUUUUUGCUCGAGACAAUAAAUUGAUGUCUUUGUAUCAACCUCAUAUCUCACUAAUAUUAUAAAUGCGAAGUUUGUAUGUAAUGUCUAGAUGUUAAAAUGUUUGUUAUACUCUUUCACGCAAAAAAUACUGAACGGAUUUUGAUGAAACUUUACAGUAUUAUUGUUUAACCCAGAAUUAUAGGUAUAGACUAUAAUUUAUGACGAUCUGUGACAAACUAAAUUUCACGCGGGUGAAGCCGCGGCUAAAAGCUAUUUAUAAUAUUUUUAUUUACGAGUUACUCAUUAAUAUAAGUACAAAGUAAGACGCCAAAGUAUUAUACAGCAUUAGAUGUAGAGAAUAAUUGAUUUAAUUUAUUUUAAUUAUUGAAUAAUAAAUAAAUAAUUCCAUACUAAGUGAAAAUAUUUAAUUAUUUAGUAAACCAAUAAAUUACAAAAUACGAGCAAAAGUCAUCAUAGUAGGUACGUUUGAAUGCUAAAGGUAGUUCAAGAAAUACCUAAGUUAAAUUGUAAAAUUAACUCUCAGAUUAAGGAUUAUUCCGAUUAACAAAAUAAGUAGUAUUAAAAAACAAAUAGCCGAUUUAAAUUAAUACUGCAUUUAAAAAGUAAAUCAAGAUAACAGUGAUUAAAUAAUGUUAUGAUUUUACGUUUGAUGUUCUUUUAUUUUUCAAAUAUUUAAAGUGUUAAAAUGUUCCCGAAAGUAUGCAAUAUGUAAUAAGAUAAGUACGUACUUUAAUAAAUCAAAUUAUGAUAGAAAUCAUAAAAUAUAACAUACAAAAUAUAAUAAUUAAUUUGUUUUUGCCGAGGUGCAUUAUUUUCAUGCAAGUAUUUGCGUCAUCGACCUAGUUUUCGUAAAUAGCUGAGUGUGCUUAAGCAUAAGGCCUGGCGAGAACGAAAUACGCAAACAGUUUUAUCCGACUGCAGAAAAUGAUAAUAAUGUUUUUUAUACAGGAUGACUUUCAAAUCAAAAGCAUGUUUUUAAUAUUAUAAUUCUAUGUAUUUAAACUCUAUGUAUUACUUAUGAUACAUAGUGCACUCCUAAAUUUGAGACAAAUCUAAUGAGAUUUUUUGUCAAUUUUUACUGUGUAUUUCUGUUAGUGUGCUCUUAUAAAAAGUUUAAAACUAUUGUACUGUCAACAGCACAUCAGCCUAUUAAUUUUAUUGCAAAAUAACAAUACAUCGAAAUAUGAAAUGAUGUGUUGUCUGUACAAGAUUUUCAAUAUUGAAAUUUUAACUCAUUGGAUUUGUCUCAUAUUUGAGGAAUGUACCUACUAUGUAUCAUGAAUCUUAUUUAAAAGGAUGCUAACGAUUUCAAAGUCAUCUGUACCUAUAAAGAGUAAGUUAUGUUAUUGUAUUAUAAGCAUGAAAAAAGUCGACUCUUAUAAAUUAAUAAACAUAUUAUUGGUUCAUUUGCUCGAAUGUUCACGUUAAAAAAAAAUAUUGAGCGGGAAUCGAACCUCCGAUCUCUGACAUUUACCACUAGGUACACCAAUCGUUUUCGUUGAACCUAAACUUAUUGCUGAAUUAACGAUAAUUUCCCUUUAAAUUUGGAGGUUCGCACCAAGAGCUUCAUUCUGUAUUUCGAAGUGCUCCUGCAUUAGAAUCGGCUCCCGUAAAGUCAUAUCUCCGAGGAAUCAUCAUCAUCAGUGACGUAAAUAAAAUUGUGAGUGUUCAACAUGUCUGAUUCAGAGUUAGAUUUUUUCGAACCUGAACGCAAACCAAAGACGAAGCGAAAGUCUGCGAGUAGAUCCAAAGAGUCUAUCAGAGCUGGUUCUUCUAAGAAACCCAGACACGGGAAGCUCCAAGAGACGUUGGAUAUACUGGGCUUGCUGUCGGAAGACGAAGAAAGUGUGGCUGCUGAGAACGCGCGACGCUCGCCAGCUCGCAAUAAGCAGCUUGACAGCAGCAUCAGCAACCGCGUUGCUAACGGCUGUGUGGUGCGCCGCACGCUCCUCGACGGACCGUACUACGUGGAGACGCGCGUGUACACCACCGAGGACGCGCUGACGACGUCGCCUGAGCUGCGCUACACCAAGGCUCUCGUGACGCUGAAGGCGCAGCUCGACCGAGACCAGCCGGAGUGGGCUUGUCUGCAGAAGUUCUUGCAGAAGACCAAGUCCUCCUUGUUCGCUGAUAGCAAGCCCAUAUUUUAUAGUAAUAAAAAGUAAUGUGUUCGGUUUA